CCGGUACGUACUGUCCCAGAUUUUGUCUCAGAAAUCAUGGCAGGGACGUCGUCAGCUGGAAUACCCGUGGACCAUCUCUGUCGGAAGUUUUCUCAAGUCCAACAGGCCAACAGGGCUUGUGACGUGGCGCUCCAGAACAAACUGGACAAUCUAAAGAAGGAAUAUUUCAGGAACCUGCGGAAGAGCACCGACAGAAUAUGGCGGUUACACGGCACGGACACGCCACCGAUCAUGCGCUUGAAACCACAGCGCGUCCGCCAGCGGUCGGUUUCCGUACAAGACUUCAACCUGCCCAGCGCCUACAACCUCAAGUCUUUGGAGAAGGAGCUGACAGAAGUUGAAGAUGGAGAGGGAGACAUAAGGACAAGGGUUGACGUAAGGAAGCAGAGGUACAGCCUCCCCGCACGGCCGUCUACAGCCAUCCCGGUGAGAUACGAGCUUAAUUAUUUUGAAACUUCUGAAAGAACAAUCGGCGAGCAAACACUUUUAUCUCGGCAGAGAAUGCGUCUGAACACGCUGCCGUUUGACAAGAAAACAUUGAGGAAAAACACGUUAUCAGAGGAAACAACAGAGCUCAACGCAGCACAACAAACGUGCGACAGGAGACGGCAUCCGGACCGAUACCGACGAAAAACGUGGUCAGCCGGGGAACCAAACAAUCUUACGACUCUAGCCUCAAAGGAAUGCCGCAGGACGGGGCCAGCUAAGUCCAAUAUUUGUAGCGAUAAGUUUUGGCAGAUUAAUAACUCUAAAUCCCUUCCUAAUGACGGUAACCACAACUCGGUGCAAGCGACAAAAGAUACCAAAUGUCAAGAACAUGUGACCAACGCGGAGCCCAAGCCAGAUGUUUCGCACAACAAACUCAACAACCAUGAGAAAGAAAGUGGCCGCCAGCAGUUAGAGACUAUAAUUGAGGACAUAAAAACGUCGUUUGCGGACCUUCAAGGGAAAGAUUUCAGGCCAAAUGACGUCAAAGGUAUAAACAAAUCCACGGAACCAUCACCAGGCGGACCGAAGAUGGUUAGAAGUAAGACAAGUCCGGUUCUUCUCACGUCGUCUCUUAAAGGAAACGCCAUGUCUAAGAAGAAAACAAGACCUCCUUCUUCUGUUACAUCCAUUUCUGCAUCAUUCCGUACUCGGUCAAAUUCUGUAGUAGUUCGGUCGUCUGACUCUUCGUCACCAUGGCAACGCGCAUCACGUGAUCCAAGCAGACGGCACACGACAUCACAGCUCACUGCGCGUAGAUCAUCUGAGGCACAGCGCAUGCGCACGCGGGUUUCCAGCUCCCGUAGAUCGAGAAAAAGCGGGAUUUUUGGUUACGUAAAUGUCGCCGGAUUGUAUGACGAAGGGAAUGAAAAACAAAAUGGAGACCAAGAUGAAGCCACGUCAUCCCUGUUACAGCUACAAAACUGUAGGUAUCUGAGAAGAGCUUGUGAUGACGAAGAAACGUGGUGACAAAACCAAACUGUUAAAUAUGCAUGUUUGUACAAUAAUGUAACAUUAUGUAACAUAAGGACGGUACAAUAAGCAAUUUAUUGGGUCAUU